GCGGUGGUGCUAGGUAGUCUGUUUUGCACUCGGGCAAUAUGGCGGCCACAGCCGAUGGAAAGAAAUUGGUGCGUAGUCCGAGUGGACUCCGCAUGGUGCCGGAAAACGGUGCUUUUAGCAGCCCCUUUUCGCUCGAUGAACCUCAGUGGGUCCCGGACAAAGAGUGUCCCAGGUGUAUGCAGUGCGAAGCAAAAUUUGACUUUCUUACCAGAAAACAUCACUGCAGAAGAUGUGGAAAAUGUUUCUGUGACAAAUGUUGCAGUAAAAAAGUACCUCUUCCACGAAUGUACUUCAUAGAUCCAGUGCGACAAUGUGCCGAAUGUGCUCUGGUCUCCCAGAAGGAAUAUGAGUUCUUUGACAAACAGAUCAAGGUGCUCAUAAAUGGGGCUACAUUCCUUGUAACUUCGGGUUCCUUAGAAAAAGGUGAAACAAUGGGUUGUCGGCUGUCAAACAACCACAGGUAUCUGUACCUGGAUGGAGAAAAUCACUUUGAAAUCGAGGUUCCCAGAAUUAUAAGUGUUCAAGUGCUAACUGAUGGUUUUACUCCUGGAGAGAAAGAUAUUCACACUUACACCAGCCUACUGGAGAACCCGUACAUUACAGAAGGAGGUAAUACACGUGCCACCGGAAUGCUGGUCCAGUAUAAAACCUUGGGCUCCCAGGAACCGAAACAACUGAAGUUAAGUGCAUCUGACGAUUUUAAUAGCAACAAGAAGGUGUCUGUUGGCUGGCUGGCUGCUAUGCAUAAGGCUGCCAAGCUUCUAUAUGAAUCAAGAGACCAAUAACCAUUUUGGAGUUCCUGAAAAAUGUCAAGAUUGAAUGUCAGACUGAAGAGAAAUGGGAAGAAACAACAUUUUAGCCAGUUUUACUCAGUUUUAUCUGCUCACUGAUUUGAUUACAGUGAGGUUUUCUUAAUACUUUUUGUAUUAAAGUGAUUUUCUGAAAAUACUUCUUAGAAAGGAUGCGACAAAUGUUUCAGGAAUAUUUUUGGUGCAUUGAAGUAUUCUUAAAGUAUAGUGCAAUAUGUAGAAUUUACAUGUUUUAAAUGUAACCUUUCACAUUUAAAUUGAACUUUGCUAAGUAUUUUUGUUAAAUCUUCCUAUUUUUUAUCACUAACUGAACUGCAGUGCAAGACUGCUAAAAUAAAACACCUUUUUGUUACAGAAUGCACUUCUGAUGUAGAUUGCUUUAUUUUAUUACAUUAUCAAUAUGAAGUAUAUAAAUUUAUAAAAUUAUAUUGAGGAAAGUGGGGAAAUAAGUACAAUUUGCAUUAAUCUUCAGAAAACUUUAGAUUCCAGCUCUGUACUCAGCAGGUGAUUUUUGCCUGUAGUGACUGAGGGAAGAAAAUGUUUACAUUUUAAUUUCUUGGCAGGAAGUGCUAAAGUCAGUAUGAAUGAAUAUCAUCUUCAGUUCCAAUUAAAACUUCAGUGUUGCUUGCCUUUUCCCUCCAAAAGUUGAAAUUUCAUUUUGGUAUACCAAAGGAAAUACUACAUGUACAUAGUGAAUACUUUGCAUAACCAUGUCUGUUCCUGUGCUCAUACAGCUACUCUGUAAAAGUAUUAGAAGAUGAUGAUUAGGGGACUACUUUAAUGAUUUUAGAUUUUCUUAACUUAUUUGGUAAUUACAAUGAAUAUAAUUGGAUGUAGUGUGCAAAAAAAAUUGAAAGCAACUAUGCACACUGCUUUAUGCACACUAUAUGUAUUCAUAAAACAAAACUACUGUGUGGCUGGAUAAAAAUAGAAGCUGAUCGUUUGCACAGGAAAAGCCUAACCCCUUUAGUUCAGUGGAUCACCAAUAAAUGUAAAGAUGGAGAUGCCUGUAAUAAGCUAGAUAGCUCUGAGAAAUGACAUUUUCAGAAAACUGAUGUUAAUUUUACACUGAUGUUUUCUGUUAGCAUGAAAUAAUUCAGAAAAUAGUAACAAUGUGAUUUGAUUUGAGAAAGGGAGUACCAGAUUCCUUAUCCUGGACAAAAUGGGUGUGAAGCUUCUGGUUAUGUAGCAGAUUGAUCUUAAUUGAAAUAUUGCAUUGUCAGUUCCUGUAUUCAUGUUUUAUGGAUAUCUCAGAUGAGUGUAAUUAUUUGAGCACCUGUAUAAAACUUAUCCAUACUCAAUAAAAUGCAAAUAUAAACAUCA